AUUAAUUUGUACCAUCCCAAUUGCUACAAAACGUUGGCGACUUUUUUGGAUCUGUGGCAACGAAAUUGAAAUGGAAGACGACGACGACAAUGAUGUUUUCCACUUUGAAACGGAGCAUCUAGCUCUGCGCGGUAAUCAAAACUAUGUGAAUUUGUUGCGUACCAUUGCUGUGCUUCAGGCUCAACGUAUCCGUGUCCACCAACAAAUUGACGAACUGGAAAUAGCCCGAAAACUAUAUUUAGAGAAUCCCGAACUAAUGCUUGAAAAGCUGCGCAAGAAUGAACCCUUGAUAGCAGACAAUUAUAUGACAACAGUCACAUUACCAGAGUUGCCCUCAUUGAAGGAUGAGCCAAUGCCCAGCUUUUCCACCGCUUCACAAAUACCAGAUCAGUCUUCCACUGGUGUCGAUGAUAAGAAAGCGAGUGGCACCCACAGCCAUUUAUGGACAAACGAUGAGCAGCGCCGUCUGGAACAGCUGCUAAUUGAAUAUCCACCCGAGGAUAUAGAAAUGCGACGUUUUGGCAAAAUAGCCAAGGCUCUGGGUAAUCGUACGCCCCAGCAGGUGUUUAGUCGUGUCCAGAAAUACUUUCAAAAACUUCAUGAUGCCGGAAUGCCAGUGCCAGGACGUAUACCAAAACACAGACGACCCGGUUUGAGUAAACCGAAACUACAUUUACGUAAAUCCACAUUCUUUCCGGCUCAGAAUAUAACCAUGCAAAUGCCUGAAGAUGAUUAUACAUUUCUGGACGACCUGCAUGGAGUUUCUUUACAAUCUCCGACUUCGUCGUCACUAGUCAAAAUUGAACCCAAAAGCGAAUCGGAGACCAUCGAUGCUGAGGGCAUUGAUACAGAGGCGAAGCGUAAGCAACAACUAAAAGUAAAACUCUUGACUGGCAUACGGGAUGAGAAAUUGCAGUCCAUGGAUGGCUAUAAUCCUGAUCCCUUAGCACCCAAGUGUGCUGAGUGUGAAGAGGCCGCUGUAACACGUACAAAUUGGCGCUGUAAUAGUUGUUAUUGUCCAUUAAAUCUCUGUGGAGAUUGUUUAGCCGAUCAGUUGAUAAAUUUUAGAUUUGAGCAUAUAACCCAUGAUGUGGUUGUGGAUGCUGAUACAUAA